AUGAGUCUCCUUCAGGCAAAUAUGCUAAACAAUCAUCAGUUUAAUUCAUUCGGCCGAGGUCAUAUCAGAUCUCGUUCCUGCAAUGAGAUAUUAAGCCAACUCAAGAACAAGAUUAAUACACCAAUUGGAAGCGGAGAAAAGAGUUCAGGGCAUGGUUCCAAGAGGACAUUCGGAGACAUGCUCCGCGAGUCCUCUACUUCCAUUCAGUCAGAUGAAUCAGACCAAAAAAGAUCAAAGACAGCACCUCCAUCACAGCCGUGCGCUUCAUCUACCAGCAGAAAUCACGAAAAUCUGACAUAUAGAGCCCGGUCUUUGUCUCCGAACAAGAAAUUCUUGGAACCAUCAGUUCGGUACAAGCUGAAGGUGGGCAGUCUGACUGGGUCAGUUACCCCUUCUACAAAAGACAAAUCUAACGUUAGAGAGAAACUUCCUUCCUUAGCAGAUGCGUUACAAGAGAAUUCACUCAGUGGAACCAAUCGCAGUAUCAAGUUGAAACCUAUCACACCAACAGUCUCCCUUGACUAUUUCGACACAUACAAACCCAACGACGAAAACUGGAGAUACGAAUUACUCGAUACCAUAAAUAAGAGCUCCAAGCAUUUCAAUUUGAACCAAUAUAACUAUCUCAACAGGCAUUCCUCAGCAGCUGUUGAAAAUAACUUAGCAUAUAAACCAAACUUUGAUUCCAGAAUAAGCUCCAAAAUCACUAAGCCAACUUUGAUUCCAAAGGUCAAUCAUUUUGAGAAAAAAAUUAACUUCCCCUUCGAAUCUAACUACACUUAUUUAAACAAGACCUACAUGAGGGACGUCGAGAGGUAUCCAGAAUAUCUCGAAUUGGCCCAUUCAUUGAUCCAAUUAAGCAAACCGCAUCAAAUUCCAUAUCAUUCAAGUCAUACAAUGCUUUCUGAUACACCAGCACAUGCAUCAAUCGCUCUUGGUCAGAAUCAACAGCUCAACUCCCAUAGGCAUUCGCAUCAUCACCUUGAGACAACAAUCCAAUCAGCUCAAUAUAGUGCUACUCCUCCUCGAACUCAUGGUGAGAUGAUUUCCCCCCCAAUAUCGUCGACAAAUUCAUAUCUGCAUUUCCACAGCUUACCAUCACCACCUACAAGGCAUGCACUGUCAGUCAAUGCUUAUCAGCCGUACACAGUCACAGAUAAUUCCAAUAUUCCAACCCCGGGUCGUACGCAUAUGGUGUCAUCGCCUCCUUUACCCACUCCUCAAACAAAGUUUGUGCCUAUUACUCCUCCUUCAUUAAAGCAAAAAGCAAGAACUGAACCUCUCAGGUCCCCAACCAAAGGAAGUCUGACCAUCAGAGUGUGUUUGUCAUGUGGCUCCGAUCAAUCUCCCUGUUGGAGACCAUCCUGGUCAAUUAAAGAUGGACAACUUUGUAAUUCCUGUGGCUUAAGAUACAAGAAAACAUCAGCCAGAUGCCUCAAUGAAGAGUGCAAAAAGAUUCCCGCAAAGGGAGAAUGGUCGCUUAUGCAAAGCAAGGGAAAGUCUCACUUUGAUGAUGGCCUAGAUGGUUACACAUGUUUGGAUUGCGGAUCGAGAGUAGAUGUAAGUAAGUGA